CAGAGCGAGGAAAAAAAAGAGAGUGAGAGCAGAAAACGAGGUGGUUGGCACGAAGAUGGCAGUGGGAGCGUGUUCAUGCCUGAUAACACCCUGCUCCUGCACAGCAGUCCAGGGGUAGGACAGGACCCCUGGGGCCAGCAAGAAGUGUAACAGCUUGGAAAGCACAGAUAAAGGACAUGUUGAAUUAGAGAGGGUGAUUUGGGGUAACAGAAGGAGGAAACAGAGUGUUAGCCUGUCAAGAAGGCCUCAACAGUUUGCUCAGCUCAGGUUCCACCCGGACAGAGGAGCUCGGGGAGGUCACAGCCCAGGAUGAUCAGCCAGCCCGGGGUGGGGUCCCGGCCGCGGCGCCGGCGCUCGGGCGAGAGCUACGAGGAGAAGUGCGAGCGGCGGCAGGAGAGCAGGGAGAACCUGCGCGGGAGGAACAACGCGACCACCUGCCGGCACCUCCCGAGGGCAGCGGGGCACCCACCCCACAGCCCGCGCCAGAGGGAGUUCCUGAGGAGGAGAAACCUGGCGGGCGAGGCGGGAAGGGCAUCCCCGAGGCAGGAGCCGGAGGCGCAAACCCCACCGGGCUCCUCACCGACCGUCCUGCUCCAGGACUUGUGGAGCAGCCCCACAUCACCCCCUGCACAGCCCCUUUGGGGGUAUAUUGGGUGGUUCCUGGUUUCACACAUCAGUUCAAUUGGUUUUUUUCCCCAGGGUCAGCUGAAUGAAGACAAACUGAAGUGCAAACUAAGGGCCCUUGAAAAUCAGCUGCAGGCUUGCACCCAGAGUUACUCAAAGGAGUGUGUGAAGAAGAUCCUGAUAGAGAUGGAGGACCAGAAGCAGACCUAUGAGCAGAAGGCAAAAGAGGCCCUUCAGAAGAUGCUGGAGGACAAGCUCCAAACGGAGCAGCAGCUGCAAAACUCUCAGGUGAGGAACAUGUUUUACACCUGGCUUGGCUUCAGUUCAGUCCAAAGCCACCCCGUGGUUCUCUCCUGGCCCCAGAGAGCAGAGGCACGGAACGAGGAGCUGCACCGGGCGCUGCAGAGCCUGCGGAGCGAACACGCCGCGCUCCACCUGAGAGCCACUGCCCUGAGCCAGGACAUCGACCUCAAGGCCCAGCACAUCACUGCCAUCGAAGACAAACUGCAAAAAGAGCAGAAGCAGAAGGUAAUGCUGGAGGCAACAGUCAGCCAUUUGCACAACUUGAUCCAGAACAACCAACGGAAGAGCCAGGAGGUGGCAGUGCAAAAGAAAGACCAGGUUUUCACCACCCAGACCCCACCUCUCAUUCCUGCCAAGGAAAACCAAAACACUCUGUUAGAGCACCCUGAGGAGGAGGAGGGAGAAGAAAGUCUGAAGGAUGAGGUGCAGAAAAAGACAUCCCAGCUCACAGCAAAGGAGAACGAGGUACAUGUGGACACACAGGCACACGUGGACACCGGGGCAGCAGGAGCGAGACCCCCCGGUCCGGGCGGUGCCCGCGCGCGGGUGAAGCUCUGCAGCCUCUGCGGGGGCCCUGCCAGGCUGCGUGGGUACCAAAGGGAGGGGACCCCCCCCGGUAACCCCCCCUUGCUGUGCUUGCAGUGCUGGGAGCUGCGCUCGGAGCUGGAGGCCCUGAGCGAGGAGUACCGCUCCUGCCUGAGCAGGCUGCGCCAGUGCCGCGACGAGCUCAACCGCUCCCACAGCCAGCGGGCCAAGAGGCAGCGUGGUCACUGGAUCCCCCUCCUGGUGGCACUCACAGCAGUGGCCAUUGCCACCUUCCUGGCAAGUUACAGGCCAUGAAGGACCUCCCUGAUGACUGACUUCAUUGCAGGAACUGACUGUGCUUCCCCAAAAGUCUGUGACCUCGCCGCAGUGCACCCUCUGCUGUUUUGUACCUGCGUGUUUGGUUCACAUCCUGAGCUGGUCUCACUCCAGACAAACUCCCAAUAAA